AUGGCUCAAAUCAAGUUUGAAGGUGAUGUCACCAAUAUAAACGAACGACAACUGGAGUUCGUCAAUGAAGUGAUUGCAAAACAAAAUUUACAAGUCGAAAAAGUGAUAUUUAAUCGGAUGGGAAAAGCUGGUGACAAUUUCAUAUCUGACGUAAAAAGAAUUGUCGUAGAAACUAAAGAUGGAAACCUGAAGAUGAUCAUUAAAACAGCUCCAGCUAUGGAAGUUCUUCGUUCCUCAUUAAACACUGACUUAAUGUUCAAAAAUGAGCAUGUUAUGUAUACGGAGGUGUUACCCAAGCUAUUGGCGCUGCAGAAAGAAGCAGGAGUACCAGAAGCAGAACAUCUGAGAUUUGCAAAAUGCUACGGAUCUCUAGACGAAGCACCAAAUGAAGUCAUACUUCUGGAAGACUUAAAUGAAUCGGAUUUUAAGAUGUUGAACAAGUUUGAUCCUCUGCCAGAAAAUUGUUUACGUAGCAUCCUAAAAAACUUUGCAAUACUUCAUUCUCUUGCGUUCGUAUUGAAAAAUAAAGAACCAGAAACUUAUGAUCUCUUCAAGAGUAAAUUGAAAAAUACUUGGGAACCCAAAUAUAAAGAUCCAGAUUUUGACCUUCAAUUCAAAAUGUUUAAUAAAGUGAACUCACAGUUACUUGACAACGACAGUCAAAAAGAGAUUUUGAAAAAUAUGCUGACAGAUGAGGGCGAGUUACGUGAAUCAGUCAUGAUUGACUACCAAGCUUCAGCAAGUAUUAGUCCAGCUUCCGACCUUCUUUUCAUGUUCUUUAAUUGUACUGAACACGAGACCAGGUCUAAGAAUUUCAUUGCCUGGAUAGACUAUUACCACUUGGAAUUGGACAAAUCUUUGUCAUAUUUUGAUCUAAAAGCUGAUGACAUCUACCCAAGAGAUCAGCUAGAUGCUGAUUUGAAGAAAUAUGGGAAAAUAUCAUUUGCUAUAAUUAUUCUUUUUACUAAUCUUUUAAUGAAGGAUUCAAGUGAAGCUGGAAAUUUACUAGAAGCUUUACAGAAUGGGGGCAUAAAAGAAGCAAUGGAAGAAAUGGGUAAACGGAAAAUGAAUAAAGAAACUGCAGAACGAGUCAGACAUAGGAUUGUGGGUCUAAUUGAUUCUUACAUACAGUUUGGUUUACUGUGA